UUGAACAUACCUAUACUAAUAAAUAUCAGAGACUCAUAUUAAAUUAGACGUAUUCUGAGAUUCUGCCGUAUAAACUACAACUUGUCCGAAAGUUUAUUAAUUGUGAAACUUCACAAGACAAAGAAAGGAUGCUCUUCAAAUACGGAAUCGUGCUAUUAGCACUCUUUUCUGGGUGCCUAGCAAGGCCGUCCCUAGAGAUCGACGAUACUAUCGACCUCUCCAGUUUCUUCGACCACGUCGGCCCUUCCACCCGCAUCGUGGGCGGCUCUCCAGCGGCUGUCGGAUCAGCCCCCUACAUGGUGGCACUAUCCGCCGGUGACGUCAUCAGGAACUACCAGUGCGGAGCCUCUCUGAUCACGCCAAGGACCGUGCUCACCGCUGCCCACUGCUAUGUUGUGCAUACAGAAGCUGGGGUACUUUCCAGCUCGUACCGCGGCAUCGUCGGCACCAACCUAUGGAAGGAGGGGGGCUACAUGUUUGCGUUCGAGAGGUUCGUGACCCACCCCGACUACUCGCAGAAUAUGCUGAAGAACGACCUCGGGCUCCUGGUCACGGCGGCGCCGGUGCCGCUGUCCGACCUCGUGCAGAUCAUGCCGCUGAGCUUCAACCACGUGGACGCCGGGGUCCAAGUCAGGGUUACCGGAUGGGGACUGAUUAGACCCGAGGGUCCCAGGUCCGACAAUCUCCUGGAGCUGGUCACGUCCACGAUGGGCGGUGAAGAGUGCACUGCGGCGUUCCCGAGCAUGUUCCAGUCCAGCAUAGAGCUCUGCACGGUGCGCGACAAUCGAGGCACUUGCAACAGUGACAGCGGCAGUCCCCUGGUGCGGACCGACAUCGGAGGUCAAGUGGGCGUGGUCUCCUGGUCGAUGCUGGGCUGCGGCCGCGGCGGGCCUGACGUGUACGUCAGACUCAGCGCCUUCCGACGGUUCAUCGAGUCUAAUGCUGUUAAAGAGGGAAUCAUGUCGUUUAAAUAUGGAUUUUUGCUAAUAGCACUCCUUUCUGGGUGCCUAGCAACGCCUUCCCUCGAGGCUCAAGAUCUGUCCAUCUUCUUCGAGCAUGUGGACACGUCAGCCACCAACCGCAUCGUGGGUGGCACCACUGCGGAGGAGGGGUCUGCGCCGCACAUGGUAGCGCUAUCCGUAGGAUCUAUCAUCAGGUCCUUGUCAUGCGGAGGCUCCCUCAUCACGACCCAGACUAUCCUCACUGCUGCCCACUGCAUUGAGGGUGCCUGGGGCUUUGGAUCUCUUGUCAGCUCCUACCGUGCUACCGUGGGCACCAACGUGUGGAACCAGGGCGGCGCCUCCUACGCCAUCGCGCGCAACGUGACCCACCCGCACUACCUGGGCUCCACCAUCAAGAACGACAUCGGCCUCCUCAUGACCUCCACCGAGGUCCGCAUGUCCGACACCGUCAAGCCCAUUCCUCUCAGCUUUGGCUUCGUUGAAGGAGGCAUCGAAACCAGGGCUACUGGAUGGGGAAGGAUUCGGGCCGGAGGUCCCAUCUCCAACACCCUGCUGGAGCUGACGCUGACCACCAUCAGCGGCGAGGAAUGUGUGGAGAAGGUGGCGCAGGCCUCCGUGGACCUGAACAUCCGCGCACCCGACAUCGAGCCCCAUCUGGAGCUGUGCGUCUUCCACUCUGAAAACCACGGCAUGUGCAACGGUGACAGCGGCAGCGCGCUGGUGCGCACGGACAUCGGCGGGCAGGUGGGCGUGGUGUCGUGGGGCUUCCCCUGCGCGCGCGGCGCCCCCGACAUGUUCGCGCGAGUCAGCGCCUUCCGGGACUUCAUUGAGGAACACGCCGUCUGAGGGGUUAACUUUAAGUUUUUGCAAUAAAUUAUUAUA